UAACCAAACAAGAAGCAGCCGCGUCGGCGAAGCCAAAAGAGAAACCAUACUAGCACUACCAAGAGAGAAAACAAUUUUAAAAGAAUUUCGAGUUCGCGACAGCGAGAAGCAGAGCCGGGUCGCGGGGCCGCGGGCGGGCGUGCGCGUUAGCAUGGAGAGCGAGACGGCGGCGCGCGGUGGCCGGAGCCAGCCGCUGGCGGAGGAGGCGGUGGGGUCCAGCCGCACCAUGGAGCGCGUCGCGGCUGCGAAGAAGAUCAUCGAGAACGACUACCGCGAGCGCAUGAAGAAUCUCCGGGAGCGCAACGAGAGACGCUUGAUUUUGGAACAACAGCUAGCUUCUUCUCAAGUUCCUAGGGAGGAGCAGAUAAAAUUGAUAAAGGAGUUGCAGAGGAAGGAGACUGAAUACAUGAGACUUAAAAGGCAUAGAAUUUGUGUGGAUGACUUUGAGCUGCUCACCAUCAUUGGAAGAGGUGCUUAUGGGGAGGUUCAACUAUGCCGGGAUAAAUCCUCUGGUAAUAUUUAUGCAAUGAAAAAACUAAAGAAGUCUGAAAUGGUUGUCAAGGGUCAGGUGGAGCAUGUUAGAUCUGAAAGAAACUUGCUGGCUGAAGUUGGUAGCCACUGCAUUGUGAAGCUAUACUAUUCUUUCCAAGAUGCUGAGUAUCUCUACCUUAUCAUGGAGUACCUUCCUGGAGGUGAUAUGAUGACCCUCCUCAUGAGAGAGGAUACCUUAACUGAAAAUGUGGCUCGAUUCUAUAUUGCUGAGACAGUUCUUGCCAUUGAGUCUAUUCAUAAACAUAAUUACAUCCACAGGGAUAUUAAGCCUGAUAAUCUCCUUCUCGAUAAGAAUGGACACAUGAAGUUGUCAGAUUUUGGCUUAUGCAAGCCAAUUGACUGUACCAAAUUGUCAACCUUGAAUGAAGAUGAACCUAUGACUGAUGAAAACCUUAGGGAGUCCAUGGAUAUUGAUUACUCUCUCUCUGAUACAGCAAAUGGUAGAAGGUGGAGAAGUCCAAAUGAACAGCUUCAGCAUUGGCAGAAGAACAGGAGAAAAUUGGCAUUUUCUACUGUCGGUACGCCUGAUUAUAUUGCUCCUGAGGUUUUACUGAAAAAGGGAUAUGGAGUUGAGUGUGACUGGUGGUCCCUGGGUGCAAUCAUGUAUGAGAUGCUUGUUGGGUAUCCACCAUUCUAUUCUGAUGAUCCAAUAACCACAUGCCGAAAGAUUGUACAUUGGAGAAGCUAUUUAAAAUUUCCAGAAAAUCCAAGGUUGUCUCCUGAAGCUAAGGAUCUGAUUUGUCGGUUCUUAUGUGAUGUUGACCACAGGAUUGGCAGUGGAGGAGCAGAUCAAAUAAAGGCUCAUCCUUGGUUUCAUGGAGUUGAAUGGGAUAAGCUUUAUGAAAUGGAGGCGGCGUUUAAGCCUCAAGUAAAUGAUGAACUGGAUACACAGAAUUUUCAGAAGUUUGAUGAGGUAAAUCCCGCUCCAGCAAGAACAGGUUCUGGGUCCUCAAGGAAGAUGAUUCCUAAUUCUAAAGACCUUAGCUUUGUGGGCUAUACAUACAAGAACUUCGAAGCUGUGAAAGGUUUGCGUCAGUCUGCAGGUCUGGGAAGAAGCUCCUCGUUUACAAGCCAGCCUAGUGAAUCUGCAUCUAAUACAGCCGACAUGGAUUCAUCAGCAGAACCCAAUGGAAGCGAAACACACAUGCGCACUGUUUCGUCUGCCGAUCAUAUGAUGCAAUAAGCAGCCCUGAUUGACUGAAAUCCCCGUCCCUACACCAGCAUGAUUCGCCUUCAGUGAUGUGGCUUCAUCCAAAGCGAUCUGCUUGUUUUUAGUCAGUCUCGCGCUUUACUUAUCGUUGGUGAGCAUUUUGUUGUAGGUGUACAAAUUAGUCGGUAUGCAACAGAGCAUGUGCUGGGCUUGGUCAGAUAUGGUGCUGAGCUGCUUGGUUGCCCAGGUUGGCAGGUUAUUGCCUUCCUUGCGGCAGUUCGUAGCCCGCCAACGUAUGAUCAUCAUGGAGUAGGAGAAGAAUUAAAGAGACAGUAUUUGUGGUAGUCUAGCCAUUGUUGCUUGCUGCUGGAUGUUUUUUCUUUUCAGUUCUAACUGCCUGAUACUUUGAUAUGCAUCGGAUAAUUAUCUGUUGGAACUUGCACAUGAAUGCUUCAUCUGUGGAUUAAACUGAGUUUCCAUAUUUUAAA